GGCGGCGGCGGCGGCGGAGGAAGCAUAAGUAGCAGCAGCAGCUACGAGGCCUUCAUGGAUGACCAGAACCACAACAAUUGGGACACUGCGGCGGGAGGGCGAGGCGGAGGCUACGGACAGCCGCCCCCGUCUCCCUCGCCUUGUCCGGGGGAGUCCCGCAGCGCGUGUGGGCACAGGGUAUCGCUUUCGGGCCCGGAGGAGCUUGAGAUCCACAUGAUGUCCGAGGCUGCCAACGGGCCAGGGAAGGGCUGUGAAGCCGCGCCGGGAAAAGGAGGGGCUGCUGCUGCCGCUGCCAGCAUCAACCUCAACAUCAACCCUUCGGCCUCUAAGUUCUUAAUGAAUGUUAUAACAAUAGAAGAUUAUAAGAGCACAUAUUGGCCAAAGUUGGAUAGUGCCAUAGACCAGCUUUUAACUCAGAGUCCUGGUGACUAUAUCCCCAUUUCCUACGAACAAAUAUACAGUUGUGUAUAUAAAUGUGUGUGCCAGCAGCAUUCGGAACAGAUGUAUAGUGACCUAAUAAAAAAGAUAACUAACCACUUAGAGAGAGUCUCAAAGGAGCUGCAGGCCAGCCCUCCAGAUCUCUACAUUGAAAGAUUUAACAUAGCACUUGGGCAGUAUAUGGGAGCAUUACAGAGCAUUGUGCCUCUUUUCAUAUAUAUGAAUAAAUUUUACAUAGAAACCAAGCUUAACCGAGAUUUAAGAAACGAUCUUAUAAAACUGUUUACGGAACAUGUUGCAGAAAAGCACAUUUACAGCCUGAUGCCUUUACUUCUAGAAGCUCAGUCCACACCUUUUUGGAUAAACCCUUCCACAAUGGCAAACAUUGUCAAAGGAUUAUACAUGCUUAGGCCAGAAUGGGUUCAGAUGGCACCAGCUUUAUUUUCUAAAUUUAUUCCAAACAUCCUCCCUCCUGCUGUAGAAUCUGAGCUUGAGGAAUAUGCUGCUCAAGACCAGAAACUUCAACAAGAACUUAUUCAAGAAGGAUUUUCCAGAGGUGACCAGUCACGUAAACGAGCUGGGGAAGAAUUAACUUACAAUGGUUCAGCAUCAUGUGCAAGCUCAAGAGGAUGCAGAUAGUAACUGUACUAGAAGUAUAUCAGUAGGAAUGGACUUUGGAAUGGCAUUGGAAGGGAGGGUAGCCUGAGACUCAGUCAGGUUCUUCUGAUACUCAGGUUCUUUGAUGCAACUAUACCUAGAAGAGGUGUUUGGACUUAUUUCUCGCCAUGUAAUAAAAUGUCUAUUUGCUGCUAUUUGGGCUAGCUUGGAACAAUGUGAUCAAUCUUGAAAAGGUUGUUUUUUUGUUUUUUUGGUGAUUCCUGUGAGGGCUAUACCUUUUUGGUUUUUAAAAGCUGGUUAAAUACUACAAGUUGAUAACCAAGAAGAGCAGCUUCCUCUGAAAGAGAUUUGGGGUGGCGUUUUUGUUUCGUUUUGGGUUUCUUUCUUUUUCUUUUUUUUUGCACUUUCUGAUAUGUGGACAUUGCUGUUAGAAAUCUGUGCCCAUUCAAUUUUGUCCAGAAUGUUUGCUUGGUAAACACUGAUCAUUCAACAGUAUUUCUGUCUGCAAAAAAAGAAAAAAAGGUUUGCCUUUAAAAGUCAGUCAUAAGAGUGACCCUUCAUAUUCCAGGCAUAUUUCAUCUGCUUAGCCCCUCAUUAGUACAGACUACAACAUGUAUUUUAAAACUGUGAUUUGAUUAAACAUGCUGCAAAGUUGCCAGAUUUUCCUACCGUCUUUGAUUACAUUUAGGAAAAUAAAAAUUAAACUGUAUUUUUCCUCAUUCCCUUCCACGCAAGAAGUGUUAGUAAAUCAAAUGUUUAUUGUAUUAUGUUGUUGGCUUUGGUAAUGAUUGUAAAGAAUUAAAACAAAUGUUUUUCAACAUGUAAUUCCUAUUCAGAAUUAAAAUGCUAGUAUAUAAUGGUUGCAGAUUUGGCAAGAGAUUACAGACCAGGUUGUGUGCUCUGUGCUGCCUAGUAGCAAUACAGAGAAAUGUUGGUACUGAUUUUAAGCAAUCAGUUCUCUGAAUACUUUGAUAUUGGGGUUCUAUAAUAGAUUUUAAAAUAAGACUGAAACGGUGCUUACCUCUGAAUAGCAAGGUACUUGAAAUCAAUGUUACACAUUUAUGACUUGUACCAUUUCAGGAGGCAACUGGGGAGAACUGCAUAUUUGAUUUGUACAUACUGUUUUUUUAGUCUCAACUGUUAAAGCUUGAACAUAAGUUUUUAAUCUGCAGUACUUUGCACUGCAUUAUGGGUAUGAUGGCAAUAUGUACCUCAGAAGGGAUAACUUUGGAUCCCUGCUUUCUGUUUCUGGUCUUUAACUGAAGGCUAAUCACAAGGUGCUGGGGUUUUUAUUUGUGUAUUUGUUCCUUGGCUAUCUGUGAAGAAGCACCAUGCAUGUAAAAGGUAGGGAGGGGGUUCUCCUUCAUUUCCUUCUCCACAACAUAUCAUUUUAUACAGAAAGGUUAGACUUUUCUUGGGGAUAAAAGGGAAAUAAAGAUGAGUUUGCCAGUGAGGUAACAAAACCAGGCUAUGCCGAAAUUUAGUGCUCAGGGGAAGCCCAGCUGGAGUGAGUUUUUAAUGUGGGAACCUUGUACAUUUUUAUGAACAAGACAUGGCAGUUUACCUCAUUCCUGAAAAAAAAAUGAUUUGAUGCAUGACUUUUCAGCAUGAGCAGCGGCUUAUUUUAGCUUGCCUGAUUCACAAACAACUAUGGACAAUUUUAACCUUUCAUUUGGUAAGAUUCUAGGAUAAAUUCUUCUGUGGUAUGAAAGCAUCAUAUGAAAGAACAAGUAUACUUUUAAAAAGUGUGCAGUUUAGGGACAAUAAUGUUAAAUGAAUAAAAAAGGAAAAUACCUUUCAAUUUAACCAAAAGGCUUAGUUUGUUGAAAAUGAUGCAUUACUUCAAAGAAAAUAUAUCUAGAAAAUAACCAUUCCUAACUUUACAUAGGCUGUCCUUCUUUUCUUCUGGUAUGUAAAUGAAAACCUCUCCAGUUUACUAAAUUAACUAAGUUUUCUUACAUUAGUGGAAAUAGCCAAAAAUUACAGAAUUCUUCAGAUUUUCAAACAUUUUAAAAUUACUUGGAUUUUUAAAAAAAACAAGAUGAGAUGGAACACAUGUAAAUAUAACUUCAAAAUGAACUUUAUGAGAGAAACUGCUGGUUUCUACUUCAGUUGAUUUUAAAAAGGUAGGCCAUACAUUUAAUAAUAAUUGUGUUCCCCUAAAGUUAGUGUAAACCACUUUUCCCCAACUUGCUGCCCUUCAGGUGAAUUGUAUUACUGGAAACAUUAGCUGGGAAUUCAAUAUAACUGGAGAAUACCAAGCAGAAGAGUAGUGUAAACCAAGCGCAGAGUCAUCCCAUCCCAUAUUUAGAAAAGAUUUUCACACUAUAGUUAAUGGAGAUCCAUCACUACUGUACUGUGCCACUACAUUCCUCUUCAUGGUUGCUUUUAGAUUAUAUUAUUUUUGGGUAGGGCAAGGAUUCUGAAACUUAUGUAGGAGGCUACAAAAUAGCAGGCUGAUAAUAAUGACCAAUGCUGUGCAUUCAAAUCCAAGAAUAUUAUCCUUUUUGAUUUAGGGAGUUUGAACAAAUCUGAAGAAUAGCUAAAAAGGCAAUGUGAAAGAUAUUUGCUGUUGUUCAAAGGUUACAGUUUAAAAGCUUGGACAAUAUAUCUAGAGUCAUGGCAGUAAUUGCCUGAUAAACCCUCCACUUUUAUUCCCUAUUGAAUUUAUCCAUAAGAAGUGCCCAGUUAUGAAAGACAUGUAGAAGUAUGGUUGUUCUAUAGCAUUUAUUUCUCUUACCAUAACCAUUGCCUAUGGGACAUUUCUUCUUUGGCUGGCUUCUGAUUCUGCUCCUACAGGUUGGAAGCUGAUUCCAAUCUGACUCUUAUAACUUCUAGCAUUAACCUUAUAGAAUACAAUGAGAAUGAAAAGAGGAUGUCCAAGUGGGUUUGAAUCUGAUGCACUGUUUUUAUCUUUUACAGCAGCCUUUCCUGACUACUUGGGUCUACAGUUUUGCAGACUUCAACUUCUAGAAUUUCCCAGUUAGCACAGCGAUUACUGAAAAUUCUGGGUAUUGAAGUCCACAUCUGGAAGAUGACAAAGUAAAGGAAGGCUGCUUUACUAGUUUAUGGUUUGUAAAUAAUCUUCAGAACAUUCAAAUUUUAUUUCCAGAUAAGUUUUUAUUUGUGUCAUUGAAUGCUGAAAAAUAUUCUUCUCAAGAAUAUUGCUUUGGUCAAUAUUCUAAACAUUGUUUUACAUAUUUUAGCUCUAUGUAGCAUCUUGUCUGAAUAGGAAGCCUGUUUUUUAUAUAUGUAAAAGAAAAGAAAAUAAAGAAAGAUAUAUUAUGUUGUAAAUUAGUAUUAAGAUUUCUGUAUGUUUUGGCAUCUAAUGCUGAAAUAAUUUGUUUUCCUAUCCUCCAAGGAAUAUAUCUUGGUGAGUGUGAAAGAAUACAACAAAACUUAGGUUACUUUGUAAACACUUUUCUUCAACAUUUGCUGAAUUAAUGUGUGGCCCUCUACAGCCAUGCCUUCAAUAAAAGCAGCAUGGUCUUGGCUGUGGUGCUCCUGUAAAUCAAAUGAUUUGCCAUUUUUUGUGACUGUUUUCCACAUAAGACUUACAUGGCAAAAUUGUAUGCAUUGGGUGUCAUAUCUCACAUUUGUUUCCUGGGAAACUUGUUCUAUUAAAAUAUUUUUAGACAAA